AUGCAGGACUUUGUUGCUUUGGUUGACAAAGCCACGGUAGUAGAGGAGAGCCUGCAGGAGGACCUUGAGGUUCAAGAUCCGAAGAAGAUACUUGCACCUUCCAGUUCUUAUGUAGGGGCAAAGCAGGGCAACUGGAAGAAGAACAGUGGUGGUAAUUCUCACAGUACCACAACUACUCCGACUUGUUCCAAGUGCGGGAGACCUCGCUCAGGGAAGUGUUUGUCGGGUUCUGGAACUUGUUUUCAUUGUGGUAGGAUGGGACAUCAGAAGAAAGAUUGUCGCAUGCUGAUGAAUAGCAAAGCUCCACAACUGCCAUAUGGAGGAGGUGUUCAGGCACAACGGGGUAGUCAUCACAGGGGGACAGCCCAGGCUAGGGUGUACUCCCUGACUUCUAGUGACGCAGAGAAUGCAGGAGAUGUUGUCAGAGGUACCAUUUACAUGCUUUCUAAUAAAAUUGUUAUACUAUUUGACUCGGGGGUUAGGAGAUUACUUUUAGAGGUAUGCCAAGGGUAUCUGGAAUAUGUGAAAGACACGCCGGCAGGGGUACGUGAACUGGAGGAGAUUCUUGUUGUGUGCGAGUUCCCAGAUGUGUUCCCAGAGGACUUGUCGGGAUUACCUCCAGAUCGUGAGGUGGAAUUCGGUAUAAAGUUAGCUCCAAGAACGGUGCCAAUAUCAAAAGCUUCGUAUCGUAUGACUCCAGCUAAAUAG